AUGCCACAUUCACUCAGUCCAUAUUUAUAUGCAAAUGUAUGGUCAAAACUUUUCCAUAGUUGGAUAUCACAUUUACUUCGAAUAAGUCGCAAUCAAAAGUCACUUGAUCCUAUUGAUCUUUAUGAACUUCUUCCACAAUAUGAAUCAACAAAUCUUACUGAAAAAUUAGAAAAUAAUUGGUUCAAUGAUAUCAGACGUCAUCCAAAUAAGUCAAGUCUGAUUCGUGCGACAAUUCGUACAAUAGGAUGGAAAAUAAUUUUAAUAGGAUUAUUACUUAUUCCAUGGAUGCUUCUAUGUAUUGCUCAACCGUUAUUGCUCAUAUUUCUUAUGGAUUUUUUUGAGCCAUGUUCAACAAUGCCCAAUAUAGAUGCAUGGCUUUUGACUAUAGCUUAUAUUAUUACACCUAUAUUUUCUGGCUUUUUCUUUCAUCAAUAUAUGCAUUAUGCUCAAAUACUUGGUUUACAAAUGCGCGUUGCUUAUCAUGGUUUAAUUUAUCGUAAGGUUCUGCGUUUAUCAGGUCAUUCAUUGAAUAGUUUUAGUUCGGAUUAUAUUACAAACUUAUUUUUAAACAAUGCUAAUCAUAUUGAGACGACUUUACAAUUUUUAAAUUUCCUAUGGCUUGCACCUGUUGAUAUUUUGAUUGUUGCUUUAUUUUUUUGGUAUUUUGUCAAAUAUAUUGCAUUCAUUGCCUUAUCUUAUACAUUAAUAUUCUUAUUACUUUGUUUAAUUUACGGUUAUCUUUACGCAUUCUUACAAACAAAGAUGUUACGAAUAACAGAUGAACGUAUUAAAAUUAUAACUGAAUUAUUUAAAUCAAUGCGAUUUGUAAAAAUGUUUUGUUGGGAAUCAGUAUUUGAAAAUAAAAUUUAUCGUAUACGAAAUCAAGAAAUGAUUCAACUUGCUCUUCGUUCAUUCAUUGAUUGUAUACAUUCUUUCUUAUCAAAUACAUACGUUGGUUUAACUUUCUUAUUAAUAUAUGGGACAAUGUGGAAUUUUAAUAUUUAUUUUGAUACACGUUUCUAUGCUAUUGCAUUUAUGUUACUCAGUCAUUUAGAAUAUUCUAUUAUGGUCUUCUUUACAGAAGGCAUUCGAAGUUUUGCUAAAUUCAUGGCUGCUCAAAAACGGAUUCAAGCAUUCCUUUUGUUUGAUGAAUCUGAACGAGAUCGUCGACUGUUAUCAAUUUCCAGUAUGGAAACUCAAUCUAAUGGACAUCGAACAACUUACGAAAUGAAUAAUGAAGAGAAAUAUCUGGCAACAACACCAGCGAAGGGUUUUUCUGAAGUGGAAUGUAAUGUAAAGCAUGCACAAUGGGAACAAAAUGCAGUAUUUUCUCUCAAAAAUAUCAUAUUUCAUGCUCAUCCAGGUGACUUAAUUUGUAUUAUCGGACCAGUUGGAUCUGGCAAAAGUUCACUUUUACAAACUCUAACUGGUGAAAUCGCUUUUUUCGAUGGAAAAGUUCGGCUUCGUGGAUCAUUUUGUUAUGUACCACAAGAACCUUGGAUCUUUUCAUCAACUGUGAAAAAGAAUAUCAUCUUUGGUAAAAACUAUGAUGGUCAUUUAUUUCGACAAGUGAUUCGUGCAGCUGCACUUGAAGCAGAUUUGGCUUUAUUACCAAAUGGAGUAAAUACAAUGGUUGGUGAUCAAGGUGUGAUGUUAUCUGGAGGUCAAAAAGCACGAGUGAAUAUGGCAAGAGCAUUGUAUCGUGAUGCUGAUAUUUAUUUAUUAGAUGAUCCACUUUCAGCUGUUGAUGCUAAAGUGUCAAAACAACUGUUCGAAAGAUCAAUAAAAACCUAUCUUGGUGAUAAGAUUUGUAUUCUUGUUACUCAUCAAAUUCAAUUUCUAGAAAAUGCAACAAAGAUUGUUGUACUUGAAAAUGGUGGUAUGAUUGAAAUGGGAACAUAUGCCGAGUUACUUUCAACAUCGAACAAAUUUCGUUGUCUACUUGAAAAUAUUAAUCAACAAGAAGAACAAGAGCACGUUGAACUUACUACUGAUAAUCAAGAAAGAAAACUGACUAGAUGCGUGACUUUCUCAGAAUAUGAUCACGAAAACGAAUUGUUGAUAUAUCCAUCAAAUUGUGAAAUAAAAGAAGAAGGUUCAGUAAAGUGGUAUACAUAUAUUGAAUACUUACGGGCUGGUGUUGGUUCAGUUUUUGGGAUAUUACUUUUAAUACUGGUAUUUGGCUUUCGAGAAAUAGCAUCGGUUUUUUACAGUUGGUGGUUAGCAAAAUGGAGUGAAGAUGAAGGUCAUCGACAUCAAAAUUUAACGAACUGUUCAAAUAUGAUGAACGAAAAAACUUAUAUGAUACGUUCAAUGAAUGACGAAGAAUGGAAACAAUUUGGUGAUAAUCGUUUCUAUGUCAAUUGUGGAAUUGGAUUGAUUGUGUUUGUCCUCACUUUCCUUCGUGUUAUUGCCAUGAAACUAAUAUGUUUAAAUAGUGGACGUAUUCUUCAUAACAGAAUGUUUCGAAGACUCCUUCGAAGUCCAAUUUCUUUUUUUGAUUUAAAUCCAGUUGGUCGUAUUUUGAAUCGUUUCACCAAAGAUAUAGCGGCUAUAGAUGAACAUUUGCCGCUUACUUUUUUCGAAUUUCUUGAAUGUAUGUUUCAAGUAGUCGGUACGCUUGCUCUAGUCAGCUGGCUCAAUCGAUGGGCUUUGAUACCAUCCGUCAUCGGAAUCAUUUUUAUGUGCUAUAUUCGACAUCGUUUUGCUCGAUGUUCAAGAGAUCUCAAACGACUUGACGGCAUAUCACGAAGUCCAAUUUACUCAUAUUUAACAUCAACUAUUCAAGGACUCAAAGUCAUUCGAUCUUAUCAUGCUGAAAACACUUGUUUAUCAGAGUUUUUCACUCAUCUCGAUGAUAAUACUCGUGCCAAUUAUUUGUCGUUGACCACAGUUCGAUGGGCGGCUAUCCGUUUUGAUUGGACAGUAUUAUUCUUCAUUGCUGUUGUGACUGCACUCGCUUUAAUUGUGCGUAUCAUAGGUCAACAAUUCUCAGCUGCAGAUAUUGCUUUAACACUUUCAUACAGUCUCUAUCUGAUGGGUCUUCUACAAUGGACAAUUAGACAAUCAGUUGAAGUUGAAACACAAAUGACAGCUGUUGAACGAAUCUUAGAAUAUUGUGCACUUGAUCAAGAACCACCUGCGAAACUUCCAUCAAAUCAAACACCACCUCACAGUUGGCCAUCACAUGGACACAUUAGUUUCAAUAAUGUUUCCAUGUCUCAUUCAAAACAUCCAAAUGCACAACUUGCACUCGAUCAUAUUUCAUUAACAAUUCAACCCACUGAAAAAAUAGGUAUUGUUGGAAGAACAGGUGCUGGCAAAAGUUCAUUCAUACAAACACUUUUUCGAAUGGGUACACUUGUUGAUGGAAAUAUUGUGAUCGAUAAUAUUGAUAUUGGAACUGUUGGAUUAGAUGAUAUUCGACGUCGAAUAUCGAUUAUUCCACAAGAUCCAGUUCUUUUUACUGGAACAAUGAGAGAUAAUCUUGAUCGAUUUGUAUGUCUUGCAAGAGCAAUAUUGAAGAAGAGUAAAAUUCUAGUGAUUGAUGAAGCAACUGCUAAUGUUGAUAAUGCAACGGAUGAACUUAUUCAAAAAGCUAUUCGUGAACAGUUCAAAGAAUGUACAGUAUUGACAGUAGCUCAUCGUUUGCGAACAGUGAUUGAUAGUGAUCGUAUAUUGGUACUUGGUAAUGGCAAAGUAUUAGAAUUUGAUUAUCCUGAUAUAUUAUUAUCAAACAAUGAAUCUCAAUUUGCAUCACUUGUUGAACAAGCAGGUGUUGGCGAGGCUGAAUAUCUCCAUUCAAUGGCAAAUAAUAGUUCAUCGAGAAUGAAAUCAGAUAUUGAGUAUAGUAAUGAAUUGCCAAUGAACAUUUCUGAGCAUGAUCCUCUCAUUGUAUGA